GGCUGAUGAUGAUGAUGAUGAAAUGUUGUAUACAUAUAUGCAGUUGCAUAAAACUAAUGUGGACGUGUUAUACAGUCUGUGCGCUCCUUUAUAGUUAUAACGGUAGCGAUUUCUAGCGAACAUUUUAUAGGCACAAUAUUUUAUUUUACAAUUACAUUGACCCUCUAGGCAGCGGCUAACAUUGGUUGGUUGAUUGGAUGAAGAUGUUGUUCUGCUUGGUAGAAGAUAGAAGAUAUUUUUUGCUAGCAACAUCGAGAAUUUCAAUCAAUCAAUUUUUUUUCAGUAUGUUUUGUGACCAUGUUACGAUGUUCGCGCGCCGGCUAAAAAGUUGUGAUAGAAUGUGUCUAUAACAAAAUGUAUUCCAGCAAUUGAUGUGUUAUUCGAAUUAUUACGAUGGGAUCUGCGUACGACGAGACUGUGUUUGAUUUUGAUUUGAACUUUCUAAACCCUACUACUACUACCACCACCACAGCUAACACGGUUCAAGAAUUGCAGGCAAAGAAUGAAAAAUUGAGAAGAUCAGUUAUUUUCUUGAAAAAGAAAAUCCUAUUUUCAAAUUCUGCUGUGACAAGGUAUAAAAAUGCAAGAAGUUAUGCUAAUGUAUUGGAAAACAACCAAGUGUUUAACAAGGAAGGGUGCAAACAGCAUCUAAUUGAAAUCAGAAACUUCAUUGAAAAAGUCACCAAGUUGGAAAAUGAAAAUCAAGCAGCAGAAAAUAGAGAGAGAGAAAAGGAUGAAACCAUUUCUGAAUUACAAAACAAAAUAUGUGCUUUGCAAUCCCUGGAAACACAGCUUAAGCUGCUACUUAAAGAGAAGAAUAAAACUGAACCAACUGUUAAGGUUGAGAAGAAAAUUAUUGUUAGAGACAGUGGAAAAAAUAGUUUAUUAGAAAAAGAAAAUGAAAUACUUCGUAAAGAAAAUGCAAAGAUUCUAAAGUUGGAGAAGGAAAUAGAAAAUCUUCGCAAAGGACAAACUGGAGUAGCAACAUCAGAAAAAAAUUGUGAUAGCCUUCUCAAAGAUAGAACCACGAUAAUCAAUUUGGAGAAAGAAAUUGAAACCCUUAGACAGGAAAAUUCUAGAAUUUCAAGGUUGCAAAAACAAAUUGAAAUCCUUUCCAAAGAAAAUGCUAAACUGUCGAAAUUAGAAAAAGAACUCCAAACCCUACGUAAAGAAGAUACUAAGAUGACGAGGUUGGAGAAAGAAAAUGAAUCUCUGAGAAAAGAUAACGCGAGAGUAGUAGUCUUGGAAAAAGAAAUUGAAACCCUUCGCAUCAAGAAUGCUAAAAUAGGAUUUUUGGAGAGAGUGAACAAAACACUACAUGAAGAAAAUGCUAGAAUUCAAAACAACAAUAAAGAAGGUCUACUAACCAAUCUCACUUCAAUUGAAGAAAAAGAAAAAUCUAAGAAGAGUAACUCAGGAAAAACUAGGUCCUUAUCUAACAGAAACAGCGAUUGGAGCGACCACAGCGGCGCUGAAAAUGACAUAUUUGAGGACGCUCCGAUGUCGCCACAACCAAGUGACAUUAUCGUUGCCAAGAAUCCCUUACCAGCCGAUAAAAAUAUAGUGCGCCGCGAAUCUGAAAACGAUAACAGCAACGAAGUCGUUAGUGUUGAUACUGGCCGGGGAUCCUCGCUGGCUUACUCUGAUAAUGAAAAAGGCUUCCAUAGUCCGGGAUAUUUUUCAAAUGAUAGUCCCUUAAAUGGAGAAAGUAUUGACAAUAAAGCAAAUAACAACAAUACACCUCAAAGGAUACUUCAAAUUGUUGUACAGGAUGAGAAUGAUGGUAUAAGCAAUUCUGAUAAAACAACUACUAGACCAGGAGAGACAAACACAGAGCCUCCAAACCAAAUUAGUAUGGUUGAAGGAACCCCUAAUCAGACCUGUGAGUUCCAAGAAGAAUCCAUUCAUUUACAAAAUUCGAAUAACAUGACCCCUAAAAAGCAUACACAGGGUGUUCUUGAAAAAGAAUGUUUAGAUUUACACAAUAGCAUGCAACAUGAAGCGCGAAUUGACGCCGAAGUAGAAAAUAUAUUUAGUACCAUGAAACUGAACUAUCAUGCUAUAUCUCCAAUCCCAAGAACACCCAUAAGGGUCAGAGGCAAUGAUUCCACCAAGAAGUCUAGUGAACCCAGUGAACAGAUCAUGAGAUGUAUGUACUUGAGUAAUAAAACUGAUCAUCUUUUGACAAAACUAAAGGGGUACCUACAUAAAUAUACUGCAGAAUAUUUUUGUAAAUUUAAUCCAAAUCUAACUCACCAAAAUUCAAAGUUUUUGCACAGAAAGGUCAAAGGUGGUAAAGACUUCAGCGCUGUACACAAUAUUGAUAAAUUAAUUCUGUGCUUUGAAGCAAUCUUAAAAACAAAACAAAUCCUAACUGAAGACUGUAAUAAGUCCUACUUGGAUGUGUCAGAUAGAGUAUGUGAUGAUGAUAACUUAUUGAUAAGAAAUGUAACAGGACUUGGAACAGAUAGUUUCCAUAACAAGCAAGGGGAAGCUAGAUCAAUUAGACAGACAAUAUCUCCUCCGAUCUGUUCUCCUCUGCCUGUGCUUCGAGAUGUUCAACGAAAACAACUUGUUCAGAACGACAAUACAUUAGUUUCGGCAAAUACAACAUUACCAGAGAUUAACAAAGAUGUUCUCCAAGAUAAACAAAAGAAAGCUAGAUUAUCUUCAAUUAAUUCUCCCAUGUCACCAGAACCAAAUCAAAACCACAAUGAUGCUAUGCAGGAGGACCAAUCAGACACACAAUUAUUGCCUCCAGUUAUCAUUGUCUCAUCGGAACCAGUGCAAAACCAUGAAGAUGGUUUGCAAAGUAAUCAAGGCAGAACCACAUUGUUUUCAAAUGAUGUAUCCAUGUUGCCAGACCCUAUGAAAGGUUGCCAAGAUGCUUCACAGGAUAACCAAAAGGAAACCAGGUUAUCUUUUGAUAUUAUUCCUGUCUCACCAGCAGCACUGGAAAAGCCAAAUAAUGUAAAGCAAGGUAAUCAGAGGAGAACCAGAUUAUUUUCCAAUGAUUCACCCAUGUCACCAGACACAAUGCAAAAAAGCCAAGAUGCUUUACAAGAUAACCUAAAGGCAGUCAGGGUAUCUUCUGAUAAUAUACCCGGUUCCCCAGAACCGGUGAAAAAACAAAAUAUUGUAAAACAAGGUAAUCAGAGGAGAAGCAGAUUAUUUUCCAAUGAUUCACCCAUGUCACCAGACACAAUGCAAAAAAGCCAAGAUGCUUUACAAGAUAACCUAAAGGCAGUCAGGGUAUCUUCUGAUAAUAUACCCGGUUCCCCAGAACCGGUGAAAAAACAAAAUAUUGUAAAACAAGGUAAUCAGAGGAGAAGCAGAUUAUUUUCCAAUGAUUCACCCAUGUUGCCAGACACAAUGCAAAAAAGCCAAGAUGCUAUACAAGAUAACCAAAAGCAAGUCAGGUUAUCUACUGAUACCACGCCUGUUUCACCAGCAUCUAUGGAAAACCAAAAUAAUGAAAUGCAAAGAAAUAUCAGGAGAACCAGAUUAUUUUCAGAUGAUACACCCAUGUCACCAGACACACAUGAUAACCAAAAGGAGGUCAAGUUACCUUCUGAUAAUAUACCUGUUUCAACAGCUGUUUCCCCAGAAUCAGUGCAUAAACAAAAUAAGGAAAAGCAAAGUAAUAAGAGGAGAGCCAGAUUAUUUUCCAAUGAUUCACCUAUGUCACCAGACACAAUGCAAAAUAGUCAAGACCCUUUGCACAAUAACCCGAAGAAAGAUACUACACCUGUUUCACCAAGACCAGUACAAGACCAAAAUAAUACUUUGCAAAGUAACCAAAGGAGAACCAGAUUAUUUUCAAAUGAUUCGUCAAUGUCACCAGACACCAAGCAAAACAACCAAGACACUUUGAAAGAUAAACAAAAGAAAGACAUUACACCUGUUUCACCAAGACCAGUACAAGACCAAAAUAAUACUUUGCGAGGUAACCAAAGGAGAACCAGACUAUUUUCAAAUGAUUCGUCACCAGAACCCAAGCUGAACUGCCAAAAUGGUUUGCCAGAUAGUCAAAAGAAAUAUAGGUUAUCUUCCGAUACUUCACCUAUUUCACCAGAACCAAAGCAAAAACACGAAGUUUUGCAAGAUAAACAAGUACAAUUACUCUCAAUAACUAUACCAAUGUCACCAGACUCAAUCCAAAACAAAAGGAAAACCAGGUUAUCUUCUGCUACUUCACCAGUAUCAACAGCAUCAAUACAAAACCCCAGCAAUAUUGUGCCAGUCAACCAAAGAAAAACUAGAUUAUCGUCAAUUACUUCACCCACGUCACCAAGAACAACUUACAACUACUCAGAAGAUUUGCAAAAUAACCAAAGAAGGACCAGACUAUCGUCGAAUUCUGUACCUUUGUCACCACCAAUCGAAAGUCGCAAAGAUGAUUUGCAAAAUAAUCAACGAAAAGCCAGAUUAUCUUCAGUUGCUUCACCCAACUCACCAGCACAGAUACAAACCCUUAACCAUGCUGUUUCUGAGGAAUCAAUUACAGACGAUGAACCUAUAAUAAAUUUAGGUAAUGCUUAUCGUUCACAAGAUAGCGUAGAGAUGAACGGAUUGUCCAUGAAAGAGAGCACAGUCAAAAAAGCUAAAACCAAAAAGAUAACUAAAUUAGAUAAGCUCAGAAAGAAUCUUGCGCCAAAAUAUAAAAUUAGAAAAGAAACAUCCCCAGUAAAAUCUCUAAUUAAACCCAAACACCUAACCCCUAUCAAGAAGCAAGUGUCCAGGAAUGUAACAUCCGCAUCUCUAAAUGACAAAGAUGUCUAUGAAAAAGCUGUGAAAAUAAUGGCAGAAUUAAAUUCCCAAAAGCUUAGUAAAGCCAUGAAAUCGCCGACCAGAUGUACUAAAGAACCAAUGUCUCCCAAACCUAAGAAUAACAUGGAUAUAGAAAUUGACAGUUGUAAUGAAAAUAAGACAUCUCAAAAUAGCUUGGUUACAACUAGAAACAAACGAAAGCUUUCUGAAGUAACAGAUCAGUGCUGCGUGGUUUUAACAAAAGACCCAUUAUUAUUUAUGGCUUGCGAAGCUAAAACGUCUCCGACAAAAACAAACGAUGAUAACGAAACAUCCGUCGACACAACUUCAAGGAAAAGACGCAGACUCUCCUCAAAUGAUUCUGUAGUAAAGUGUAAGAGGGUUUUGCGAAGUUCUGCUGUACAAUUAAGAUCAAGUACAGAGGAUAAUGUUGAAAUAUCUAAUACAAAUGACGAAAGAACUAAGGAAACAAGUAUAGACCCAAUUGCUGAGAAAAUAAAAACUACUUCGACUACCUGUGAACCUAAGCCACUGGUGGCUGAUACCCAAAAAGACGAGAAUAUGAAGAAAUCUGAUGAUCGCCAUCAACUUAACACCUAUGAAGAUCUUGAUCUAUUUGCUGAAGAUAUACAAGUUGAAACACCAUCAGUUUCAGUAAAGGAAAUAGAUUCUAAUCCAUCAACAGCUUGUCAACCAAAAGACAGCAUCUUGUGUUGUAUGUUAGAAAAAUAUGGCACAGCUAGUGUGAAGCCUUUUGCUAAGAAAAUACCAGAUUCGAAAGUCAAAUUAAUUUGUGAAAAAAUUGAACAAGAAGUAGCCACAAUAUCAGAACUACCAUUGAACGACACGAAAAAUGCAAUGAACACAUUUGUGGCAGAUUUGCGAAAGCUUAACUACAAGGUCUUCAUAUCUGGCUUAAUCAAGUAUUUGACGAAGCCAGAAAGAAAACUGGAAUUGUUUGCAAAACUGUCUUCUCCAGCUGCUCCGGCAAUGACUAAAGCUGAACAAAUUUUGCUGUAUGUCAUAACACAUCUCAAAACACACUGGCCCACCGUAGACAUUGUCGACGCUGUGCUAUCCAGCAUAGAGUAUGCACUGUUCAAAUUAAACAGAACACCAGAAUUUGAAGUCAUUGAAAGUACAUCCCAUUUCUAUGCGCUCCUUUGUAGAUAUUUCGGAGCGAAAAGUCGAUUGAGACUAUUUAUUUUAGAUGCCAUGUAUUGUAUUCAAUUUAAAUCUGUACCCUUAAUUAAACAAUGUCUGGAAGUUUGGAUGCAUAUAAUUCCAUUGGCACAUAUGGGAAUCGCUAAAAAUCCAUUGGUGACGUGUUUAGUGUACCUUCUCCAUUUCUAUAAAUGCGAUGACAAAUUCAACCGCGUGCAAGAAAUAAGAAAUAUAUUAAGUCGGCGAUAUUUCUAUCAAAUCACCGAUUGGAAUGAAACUAAAAUCUUAGAAAUGUUUAAAAAUUCCAUCAAGGAUCUAAAAGACAUUCCCAUUGAAAACAAAAUGCUAAGACUGGCUUUGAUUAUUCUGGCCAAGCGGCACGGACCACGGUGGUGUCAAAAUAAUAUUAUCAAGAAUCUUCUCCAACCAAUGAUAGAGAAGGAGAAUGUGCCAAAUUCUGUGAAGGUGUUCUGUGUUUCUAUGAUCGGACCCCUGAUGAAGCCUUACCCAGUUGAUAUGAAAGUGCAUUGUGAAAUAGCCAUAAAUCAACUUAUAGAUAUUCUCAAUAAUAACCCAUCUCCACAAAUGGAAGAAGCAGCCAUCAUGAGCAUGAUGUUCAUCAACAGACAUGAUCAAUAUAGUACGAACCAAAUUCUUCUAACACGUAAAAUGAAACCUAUGUCACCAGAAUUAGAGAAAACUCUACGCGAUUACGUAAAAAGGAAACCAUUGCAAGUAUGGAAGAAAACUUUGUCAAAAAUUGCACGAUAAGUUAAAGUUAAGGAGGAUUAAAUUGUAUCAUACUUGUUUUCGGGGAUUUUAGUGCAGCAGAACAUUUUAUAAAAAUGGCUGAUAAGUGAUAACGUUCUUUGUAAAUAAUUAUAUAAGUGUUUCUCCACCUCAUAAGUGAUGGUUAGUUUUGUGAUUUAAGUAAGUCAUAUUUUUUAUUGUAGGUAAAAAUAUGGCUAAUCGAAUUGAUUUCGAGGCAGUUAUUUCUACCUAAUUGAAGUACUUCGUAUAUUUAAAUCUCAUCACUUUGUAAUAUUCCAUUAAAUUCAUGUCAUUGUGUGUUAUAGUUAAAAGUACUUAGAUGAUAGCAUUCGAUCUCAAAUUAUUCAUUGUAUUAAAUUUGUAUCUUGAGGGCUGCAUUUUAUUGAGCAGUAUUGUAGCGAGGCGUUACUCAGUGGGUGGUUUUGUAAUGCUGUCAUCUGUUCUAAGUCAAUAUGUAUCCUUCAGGUUUUCCUAGUUAGGCAAAUUUCAAUUUACUGCUCAAAGCAGUUGUAGUGAAAUUACGAUAUCCACCUAGUUAAUACUUACCUCGCCAUGUGGCUCGCGUUGUUCUCUUAAAAGUAAGACCAUGGCUUCAGGGUAUCUAACUAUUCGCAUUAAGUAAAAGUAUUUUGAUUGUAAAUAUAUAUCGUAAGAAUAAAAAUUCGAAAUAAGUGAUAUGUAUAACCACUUGAAUCCUUAAUAUACUAAAUAAACAGUGUUUAAUGCACA